AUGGUCCAUGAGCACGAACUUUUGGUUCACAUCUCCGCACCCGUUACCCGUCAAAACGACCAACUCUAUCGUUCCUUGGCUAACGCUUAUCUCGACUUCGAACCCGCCAGAACCCAUGGAGACAGGCCACCACAGCCUGGUGCAGAUGUGUCUAGCCAGGAUGCGGAUGUUUCCCGAAUGAGCGACCCGGCGGCACUAAAUCCCGGUAGCUCAUUCGACUCCAACGUCGACGCCUCGUUUCUAUCAACGGGUAAAGAUUCUUAUGGCAGUUUCCCAUCAGGCUUAUCGCAAAUACAAGAUAAUCAUGCUCCACCAUCUAGUCGGCUUGCCCGUCUAGAAGAGAUCCACCAGAAUUGGAAGGCCCAAGUAACGACGACUCCCAAAUCAAGCGCUGCUAGUAGACAGCGGGGUGCAGAAGAUUGGUAUGAUGGGGAAGAGGAAGAGUGUGAAGAUGUCGACACGGCGUUCAUCGAAGAUACGCAAGAGGCAAGGUCGGCGCUGCAAAGUCAGAUGCCGGAUAGCUUUGAGAUGACUGACGAGGACAUUUCGGCAGACGGAAUAGACGAAAGACAUGUUGAAUCUGAUGAAUAUGCUGGCAUUUUUACGCAAGAAGUUCCUUUGGACGGCGAUGAGCCAAGUGAACAGAUGAAUGCUAUCACGAGAGAAGAACCGCCGCAAAGUGGGCCUGGGAGCAGCUCUCCGAUAUCUUGGGAAGAUUCAGACGAAGCCGAAUUGGUCGCUGAGAAUGCUGCGCAAGAAGAUCCUCCGUCGCCCGAUGCACCAGCAGAGCCCAUACCUAUUGCUAUAGCAGAAGAUACUGCUCCGUCUCCACCUACGCCCUUGCCAAAGGAACCCGCUACAGUCGUGGAUCGUCGUAAGAGUGCGCGCCUACAGGGAAGUAAAGGAGCAGAGGUCAAGUCGCUUGGCAACCCAAAAGCCCGUCCAGAGUUGGAGUUCGAUAGCCUACUCACAAGAGUAAAACGAAGAAGCUCGCGCCUGAACGACGCGUCAAAGCUAGCGGCCCCCUUCAAAGUACCCACUACAGUUGCGAGUCGUCGUAAGAGCACACGCCUGGAAGAAGCUGGAGCAGCAGCAGCAGCAGCAGCAGCAGCAGUCAAGACGCAUGUUGCCCUGACUCCGCCUCCCGCCCCUACCUCGACCGUUGCAAGACAACAGGAAGCCCUGCGCUUAGACGAAGCGCCCAAGCCAGCAGUCCCAACACCACAACACGGGAUCGAAAGCCUACACGAAGCCGACUGUGACCCCGGUGCCUCCAUCGACUUGUCUCUACUCCCAUAUAGCGUCCUAGCGCCCGAACCCAAGAUCGGCAUCACCACCCCUCUAACCUGGCCCUCGCAAAUAACACCUUACCUCGCUUCACUCAAAACCCAGCAUCCUAGCAACCUUUUCCAACCUCUGAAAAAACUGCACACCCCGGCACCUGAUACGCGCGGCUGGUGGUCCGUCGACUGUUCGCAAUGGCCCGCAACGAGGCAAAAAAACUUUUGGGACGCAAUUUGUGGACGGCUGAGGGAUGGUAGACUGGGUUGGGCUACGAGCUUGCAUCGCGAGGUUGGUGCGAAGCAUGGUGAGGCGGGGGAUUUGGGUGAGGGGAGGGGGUUUUGCUGGGGUGAGCUGGUGGAGUGUAUGUGGUUGGUGUUGUGGGAUUGUUCAGAGGGGAGGGUGGGAGGGAUGGGGUGUAGAUGGGUUGAUGCGUGGGAAAGGGUGGUUUUUGAGAUGGAGUAG